UGAUAAUCUGCCUUUCCCCGCGAAACCCAGCACAACAAACAACAGAAGCGCAAUCGAGUAUCCACCGCUCAAUUCCAAAUAGUCUGACAUUUGAGACCUCCUUCCAGGGCUGAAACAAGACAAACCGAGAGAAGCAACAGAGUUGUUCUUCACCCCUUGGACCCUAAAUCAAAAACGUGCCGUCGUCCCCCCUUCCCCGGCCCCCCACUAUGCCAUCUGCACGUCCACCUGCAUCCCUGGCAUCCAGCUCCUCCGAAACGUCCUACUCCCCCUUACCGAACAGCAGCAGCGCAACGGUGCCCCACGACGAUUCCGGGGACCGGUCCCCGUCCACCACCCCGACCGGCACCUCCUCCUCGAAACCCGCCGCUACUGGCGCACAGGAGAAGGAAAAACCGCGACUGACGGAGCAAGAGAAGAAGAACAAUCACAUUGCCUCGGAGCAGAAGCGCCGGGCCGCGAUUCGGGAAGGGUUCGAUCGCCUAACGGAGCUCGUCCCGGGCCUGGAAGGCCAGGGGCGCAGUGAGAGUAUCGUGCUUCGCAAGACAGUGGAUUUCAUCCAGCUCCAGCUGCAGGAGCGACAGGAGCUUGUCGCGGAGAUUGAGCGUCGGGGUGGACAUAUCGAUGAUGCAUUUCGGGUCUGACCGAGGUGGUUCGACAUGCGGCAUGAGUGAAGCCAAUUAUUAAUGAGGGCGAUGACAAUAGUGGUGGGCUAGCUGCAGAGCCUGGAUGAGGGCAGAGGGGCAGCAGUCGGGCACUGCUGGCUCGGGCUAUUCUCCCAAGGUGGUGCUGUAGGACAAGCUCCUUGCGCAGUGUCCUGCCCGGCGGUUCAUUCUCUGGUUGUGCGUGCUCACCAAUUCUUUUACUACACCCUACUCUUCGCAGGGGUGAAUCUGUAUGGUGCCUGGCGUUAUGAUUGAUUCCUGGUCUUUUCGGUCUACGGGCACGCUAUUUAUCGAAGACUGAUGCUGAUGGACUGCAAGCGAGAAUCAGCGGUUUGAAUGGGGCAUUUUCUGAAUUCUGGUGCAUAGCUGUACUGUUGCAGGUCAACAGUGUAUGUAUGAUCUAUGUAUUUAGUGGAGUCGAGAGCG